AUGCUAGCUGCUGAACAUCGUGGAGUUACUCUUAAUCUGCCACCAAACGGUAGCGGUACAGGUUCUUCUGGUAACUACACACCACGUGUCCGUAUUCGAACACUGAAUGUUUGUGAACCCAGUGAACCAUCGCGUGAAAUUGUAAGGCAUGAGAAUUUUCUUCGACGUCAGGCUCAAAAAAAUAUGGGAUGGUUGUGUCCGUCGGGUGUCGUCUAUAGAGGAAUCGAUCCAAAUGAUUCGACUAAUCCAAAGAAAGUACGAGAUCGAAUUGUUGAUAGACAAGACAUGGAAAAUCAACAAUCAAUAAAUUCAAAACGAAUAGCAACAACACCGACUAAAGAAUCAAGUCGAAGAAGAUCUAGUGCAAUCACUCAGGAAGAAACAUUGAAUAAAGCUCAAUACGAAUUAACUAUUCGCCGUUUACAAACAGCUCAGCAAAAACAAAUGAAAAAAUCACGUGAUAUAUUAAAAAGUGUCCAAUUAGGUCAUUCAAUCACAGAUGUUGUCAAUAAAUUUCCGAUAAGGAACAAUAACCGAGCAGAUUCUGUUGAAUUAAUGAGAUCAUCGAGUAUCCGUGAUACCGACGAUAAAGAUUCUGAUAUUUUGUAUGACAUGUUAAUUGAUGAUGAUGACGAUGAUGAUGGAGUAUCGAGCAGUGUUGCAACAUGUAGCGGAAUUCGAGAUGAUAUAAUGUCACCUCGUACCGUUAAAAGUUCACUAUGUUCACUCGAAACACAUCGCACAAACGUGAAUACAACAUUACUUACCGCAAACGCUGAACCACCGUCACUGUCACCAUCAAAAAAUCGUACUGAGUGA